AUGAAAGUGCUCGGACUGCUGGUAAAAGGCCUUUUUCGUGUCUGCCUUUCUUUCGCUUUCUUGUUCCUGGACAAUUCAAUUCUCUUAGCUACUAUCCUACUCGUUCGUCUCCGAUCGAAAUCCGGUCGACGCCAGGAGGUUCUCGGAGAUGUCCAUUUCUAUCCGAAGACCGUCUUGAUCACUGGGAUUGGCACUUCGCAAGGGCUUGCUCUGGCGCGAGCUUGGGAUGCGGAGGGCCACCGUGUGGUCGGUGUGGAUGUCGUUGAUCUGGAUCUUCCAGUUCGGUCGGGAGGGGGGAUGUCGAAGACCUUGGUUGCAUUCUAUCGAGUUCCCAAGGAUCAUUACGUCUCAAGGAUACUGGAUAUUAUCCAGCGUGAGAAAGUUGAUGUAUGGAUUCCAUGUUCACCCAAGGCAUCUGCCAUUGAAGAUGCUACGGCCCGACAAGUUGUGGAGAGUCGCACGAGCUGUAAAUGUAUCGCAUUUGACACAGAAAUGACCGCCUGUUUCAGCAACACGAAGUCAUUUCGUCAAUAUUUGACCGAGAAAAAGCUCCCCGUGCUCGAGUAUCACCAGGUUCAGUCGCGCGAUUCCAUUCAUAAGAUUUUGCACCGGUCGCCGAGCAAGUCUUAUAACAUACGACGCCUGAGUUCCAUUUCCAGCGAUACAGAUGUCAUUCUGCCCAAACGCACUCUCAGCAAGACAUAUUCGGAAGUCAGCGAAAUCCAAAUCUCCAAGGAUUAUCCCUGGGUUCUUCAGCAGCAAACCCGACUUGGGGAGUUUUUCGCAGACCUGCUGGUCGUGCGGGGAUAUGUCCACGCCAUCAAAGUCCGCCUGGCCGAAUCCCGUUCUCCACACUGGGGUGCAUCUCCCCUGGACGAAGCUCUUGCUAAAGCUGUGCACCAACUCAUGCAAAGCUUUGCCGAGAAGGGUGGUGCACGAAUGACCGGCCACCUUUCGGUGCGGCUGUUGGUUGACGAAGAGUUCGACGCAUCUUCAGUCCGCCACACCAUUCAUAUCGCCGAUUGUGUCCCUGGGGCUGUGGCUUUGGAAAAUCUUCUUCGCGAUGCACGAUGCCCUGUUCGCGGCUAUCUUUCCGUGCUAUCGCACCAACCAAUCGAGCCAGCUUCCUGGGACGUCCCCGCGACACUCUCACCUAGCCCACGCUCCCGGCCAACAAUCAUGGAUCAUGAACUUGUGGCUCGCUUUGUCUCGCUGUUGCUUCCGUUCGAUAUUGCCAAGCGUGUGCUCGCCGUUCUUAGGGCAGAACUCGUACCAUUCCUGUUCUGGAGGGAUUCCCGGUUCUCUCCCAAUGAUCCCCUUCCCUGGUGGUGGCAUGUGCAUGUGUAUCAGCCCUUGCGGGAAGCCUGGCAGCUUUUGAAGCAAACGCGGGAAGCGGGAUUGAAGGAUAAUUUCUUUGCAGAGUGA